AUGAAUGCAGCUCACGUCCCCUGCCUCCCGAGGGCUUCACCCAUUCUUAGCGAAUUCUUUUGGAGAAAAACAAAACAAAACCACUUUGCAUGCCAUUGGUUCGGUCGUCAGCGUUUCCGCCAAGUUAGAACCGGACCAGAGCGUCUGUGCCGGGUUGAGGAGCGAGCUGGAAGUCGCCUCGGAGCGGCGCUCCCUCCCACCCAAGGGGACCGCAGCGGCGGCGGUGCCGGCCCCGAGAUGCGCGCGCUGCUCCUGCUGGCCGCGGCGGCCUCGCUCACCGCAGGUUCCUCCAGGGCCGUGAACGUGACGGGGCCCGCGGGGUCAGUGCGGGGCACGGCAGCCAGCACCGCGCUGCUCUCCGUGCGCUACUCGUCGCAGAGCGGCGGCAUGCCCGUCAUCAAGUGGCGCCUCAUCCGGCCCACGAGCGGCGCUCACUCGCCCUCGGUCUCAAGAACGGUCAUGGUGGUGCAGUCGUUUGGCGGAGAGGGACAAGCGCCCGCGGUGGAAUUUGCCAACCGGGUCCACGUGUUCCGCAACGGCUCGCUGCAGCUGAUGCUUCUACGGCUGUCCGACGAAGGGACAUACGAAGUGGAAAUCACCAUCACGGAAGACGCUGUCGUUGGACAUCACUCCGUUCAGCUCACAGUCGAUGUGCCCAUCUCCAAGCCAGUGGUCAUCAUCUCCUCCCCGGUGGCCGUGGAGAUGGCGGAGGCCGUGACCAUGAACUGUUCGCACGCGAACGGCACCCGGGCCGUCUACGCGUGGCUCAAGGGGGGAGCGCCGCUGACCAACGGCUCCAGGCACCGGCUGUCGGCGGGUGGUCACUCGCUCACGCUGGCGCCCGUGCUGCUGGGGGACAGCGACUCGUACGCGUGCCUCGCCAGCAACGCCGUGAGCCGGGGCGCGAGCGAGCCCGUCCUGCUCACCGUGCACCGGAGAAUGGCUGUCUACCUGAUCCUGGGAGGCUGCGUGAUCCUCAUUGCCAUCGUCAUCACGUCCGUCUGCCUUUGCUGCAACCCCUCCAAAACUGCAGAGGCCGAGAGCGCCCAGCUCAGCCUGGCCGAGAAGAAGUUCCCACAACCCCGAAGAGGGUCGGCCUCCCUGCUCCCCUACGCCGAGGCCAUGUACGAGACGUCGCAGAGUCCUGCCACGCGCAUCAAGCCGAGAGACCGCAGGGGGAACGAGGGCCCAAUGUGGAUUGCACCGGAAAGCUGCGAGUCUCGAGUCACUCCUCACACUCACGGGACCUACCCCGGAGAAUCGCGUGACGAUUACCGUGACGACUGCAGCAGCAGCAGCGGCAGCAGCGGCGGCGGCGGUGACCACCACGGGAGCGACGGCCACGCGGGGGCCGGGGACGCGGCAGGCGCCCCGCGCGUCCCCAGGCCCGGCGGGGCCAGCUGGCAGCAGCAGCAGCAGCAGCGGAGAGAGCGCGGCCUCCCCCACGCCGGCGAGCCGCACCGCCCGGGCCCUCGGCGCCAGGGCCCGGGCGGGCACACGGAGCCGUCGCUCGGGCGCGGGAGCCACGACGACGACGGCCACGACGUUGGCCACGACGACGGCCACGACGUGGCGCGCUGCGAGAACGAAGACGCGCAGAGCUCCCGCAGCGUCUGAGCGACGCGCGCACGCCGCGUCCGUCGUGCUGGAGGGGGGCUCGGGCCGAGGCGAAGGGGCCACGACAUCUCGACCGAUGGGCGCUACCCGCUCGCCAACGCGCACGCCAAAGUGAAAUUCGGUGGAUUUACACCACGCGGAUAAAUAUUGAUCACCGAUUCACUUCAGCCACUUACUCAUUGGCGGUCAGUCACGUUCUAAUCACUCUGCUAUCGCUACUACCUUGGUCACUGUUCCCGUACACGUCACCCGUUGAGUCAUCCACCCAGUUAAAGUCUUCAGUCUUCCAGACCGUUACAUGUCAUCCACAGUGUGUUCAAACAUCACACCGCAGGUCACAUUACUUUCUGUGUUAAUACAAAA